AUGAAUCUGUGCUUAGAUUUCGACAAAAUAGUCACUAAUCUCUUCAUAUUCUUCACGUCCGCCGCACCCAUCGAUCCCAACGAGAAGUAUAUGAGUUUUCCCGGUCUGUCCCUCAACGCCACCGUUCGCAUCAAAUGGGUUACCCAAGACAAAGCGUACGCAUUGGGUGCCAAUAGUUGUGGUUUUUUGGGAUUAGGACAUACCUGUGCCGUCAAUGAACCCCAAUUUAUCGAAGAAUUGUCUUUUAAAGGCUAUGAUUUCGUGUUCGCUCAGACGACUGAGGGAGGGCUACUGGGAUGGGGUCAUAACAAUAAAGGUCAGUUAGGCCGGGGUGAUACCAGUUAUGGAGUUGUCCUUAAGCCGAUGGAAAUAGAUUUUGAUGAACACGAAGAGAUCGUACAAAUAAGUUGUGGCAAAAAUCAUGCACUGGCCCUCACAUCAGGUGGAAAGGUGUACGGAUGGGGUGACAAUGGCUCAGGUCAGAUAGGUGUCGGCAAAUUCACUGAUCAUAUCUCUACACCAAUAAAAGUGGGAUCAAAAUAUGGCAUCAAGAAUAAAAUCAGAUAUGUAUUGGCUGGAUAUGAGACUUCCUUUGCGAUCACCAUUGAUGGACAGGUAUACAGUUGGGGCCGCAAUGAGUUCGGUAUAUUAGGCAAUGAGAACACUACUAGCUCUUGUGUCCCCAGACUUAUUAAUGGCCUCAGAAAUGUCAUAAAAGUCUGUAGUAAUAAAUUAAAUACCUAUUUCCUGACGGCCGACCAAUUCGUGCACUUUUGUGGUGCAAUCAAUACAACAGAUUACGAAUUCUAUUCAAAGGCUCGUAUUUUUAAUAUAUCCAGAGUUAAUGACAUCUAUUGCUGUAGUUUUGAAGCCAAUCCCCUGGAGGUGUGUGUGGAGAGUGACUUCAUUUAUGAAUUCUAUAAGAAUAAAUGGUUUAAAACCAAAUUCGGGAACUUCUUUGAAUAUCUGAAGGGAGAACAGAUUACAUAUAAAGCCAUUCAUUUAGAAAGCGAUGGAUUUGUUUCCACAAUUGAGUUGUAUGUUAAGCCUGAAGAUAAAAGCAAAUACUCAUCGCAAGAAUCGGUUCGUUAUCAAGGCUUUCAAGAAAUCCAGACAAUGACAAAACUCGAGAGUAAUUCAAUUGUCCGAUAUAAGAGGGCCUGGAUUGAGGACAACCAGUUUGUUUACAUUCAGAUGCAAUUCUGUGACAAUAACUUGAAGAAUAUUCUACAGAUCAGAAACAAUGCAUUUAAUAGGCAUUCAUCGGACACUCCCAUUGGUUUCACCGAAUUCUACUUAUUAUGCGAAAUGUUUAUUGAGAUAAACAAUGGAUUACUUUAUUUGCAUUCAUUGGAUCCGCCAAUAAUUCACAGGAAUUUGAAGCCCGAGAAUAUUCUAGUGGUUGAGCACAAUAAAAAUGGAUAUUUUGUGAAAAUAUCUGAGUUUGGUUUAUCUGUAUUUCAUUCACCCGACUCUCAGUCUCACUCGAGAGACGUCGGCACUGAGAAAUUUAUGGCACCGGAGGUUAAGUUCAGCAAUGAUUAUGACAUGAAAUGUGAUUUCAGACGUUUUCCAGAGAAAUCCAAUCUCAAUUCCAGACCCACAGUUCCUACAGUUGGUUAA